UGAGCCAGAGGGAGAAGAGCAGAACAAUGAGCCACUGAGAGCUGCGAGCUACGAGUCUCCGAGCUGAGCUCCGCUAGGGACCGCACAGACAUGGACGUGCCGUGCUACACGUCCAAGCUGCUGUUCGAGCUGAACGAGCAGCGCAAGCGGGACUUCUUCUGCGACUGCAGCAUCCUGGUGGAGGGCCGGGUGUUCAAGGCGCACCGCAACGUGCUGUUCGCGGGCAGCGGCUACUUCCGGGCUCUGCUGGUCCACUACCUGCAGGACAGUGGACAGCGAUACAGCACAGCGUCGCUGGAUAUUGUAACAGCCGAUGCCUUCUCCAUCAUCCUGGACUUCCUCUACUCUGGACGCUUGGCCCUUAACAGGAGCAAUGUCAUCGAGGUGAUGUCGGCCGCCAGCUACCUGCAGAUGACUGAUCUGGUUAACUUCUGUAAAGAAUACAUCCGCUCAUCGUUGGAGAUAUGCAGCAAGGAGAAGGAGAGAACCACAGGAAAAGAGAGCAAGCCACAGGAGGGAGCCAUGGGUCCUGCAGACAGUGGCACUCCUGCCGCAACAACCUCCAGUGGUGCUGAGGUUGCAGAGACCAAUUCAGAGGCUGCAGAGGGGAACAGAGGAUCAGGUUUAGGUCCAGAGCCAGUGACCUCUGCUAGGACCCCCUUGACAAUUACAGUCACCACCCCUCCAGGCUCCAGCGGGGAUGUGGAUAGUGCCUAUUCGUCGAGGGAGGGGUUUGCUUCUGGGGGUGAAGGACAAAAGGGACAUAUGGAUCAGACUAAUCUGUCAUCAUCCUCAUCCUCUGCUUUGACUCCAGAGUUGGUGAACCCCAAGAUAGAGUAUGACCCUGAUGAGGAACUUAUCGAGUCCCCUGACACCAAAGACCUUGCAUUGUAUCCUGGGCCUUCUCUUCAUAAUACCCAUCAUAUUAGGCUACUUCCCCCAAGUCCCUCGCCCUCCAAUGAGCGCUUUCCAUCAGGAUACAGCCCUUCCUUUAAUUCAAGGCAGCUAAUGGAGAUGCUGACUAAAACAGAAGGUCCUAGGGUUCCCAGUCCUCAGCGCUUUAAUCAAGUUCUGGGUAGCAGCUCAGGAGGAGCCAGAAUUGAUGAAAGCUUAGGAUUUGUGGGAUCGUCUAUUAUGGAGAUCCAGACUGAUUGGCUUGGAGAAGACACAGGUGACGGCUUGGUAGUGCCAGUGAAACUCCACAAGUGUCCUUUCUGCCCUUAUACUGCCAAGCAGAAAGGGAUCAUGAAAAGACACAUUCGCUGUCAUACAGGAGAGAGGCCCUUCCCCUGUCCCAUGUGUGGCAAGAGGUUCACGCGGCAGGAGCACCUUCGGACCCAUGCCCUUAGUGUCCACAGACACUACUGGCCAGUGUCGUGCAAGAGCUGCAGGCGAACCUUCACUGGAUCGAGCGUUUCCCCAGGACUCCGACGUUUCGGCAUCUGCGACAGCUGCAACUGUGUGACCACCACUCACGACGACUCUGCGCCAGUUAACCCGUCCAACCCCCAGGAGACCAUGGAGCGUUCAGACGGAGGCACAGAUUGGUCCAGUUUUAUGGAUGACGUGGACGAGGUGGAGGUCGGCAGAGUGGAGGACUUGGUGGAGAAACAGAUGCUUGAAAGGCAGCUGGCUGUCUGCACUGAUGUAGGUCACACUGUGAACUUAAGUGUCCAAUAGAAACCCUUUCCACAAAAUGUGGCCACACUGUUAUCGACAUUGAACCGUGACUGUAAGAUGGCUUAUUUAUUGACUGAUAUAUAUCCAUACUAUACACUUGAUUUUGAGAUACUGUGCAACAGAAACGUGCUUAGAAGGAAACCAAUUUAGUAUUCGUGGUUUUAAUCCUGGAUGUGUUUUUACAUCUCCCCAAAAUACAUUUGCACUGGAGAUUAAAACCACAUUUCUCGGUCUGUAAUGUACAUAAAGGCAAUCACUUGUCAAUGGAAAACUAUUGAAUAAGUUCCCUGAUACAUGUCUGUUUUGUUCAGUAAUACUUAAGUAUUAGCGUAAAGAAUAGGCUUUGUGGGUAUCAUGGGGCAACGUAGGGGAAUGUUGCAAUAAAUAUAGUGUAACUGUGGAUAAAGAACCUUUGUUUAUCUUUCUCUGCUUAUUUAUUUAGUUACUUUUAUAUGGGUUAGUAAAUAGUCCUUUCUGCCUGGCUGUGCUGCCAUCUAGUGGAA